AGCCGAGUCCGGUGAGCAGGGACACGCGAGGCAUCCGCCGGAGACGCCGAAGCGGAGCAAUAUUAACCAUGGUAAGAGGUCGCCCAUCGAGUAAAGUGGAGCCGGAGGUGAAGGUAAAUGGGGAGGUUUCACCAAAGGUUUCCCAAGGCCGUGGGCGCAAGAGGACCCAGACUGGGAAGGCUCCCAGUGAGGCCAAGAAGGUGAAAGUGCACAUAGAGCGGCCGUCAUUUGAAAAGGGAGUGGUGUUGACGUGUGGGAUGGGUGACGUGGGCCAGCUGGGUCUUGGGGAAGAUGUUGAGGAAAAGACCCGUCCUGGUUUAGUGCCAGAUCUCGAGAACGUUGUAGCUGUGGCCGCAGGAGGACUGCACUCUGUGGUAUUGGAUAAGGAUGGAAAGGUAUACACAUGGGGUUGCAACGAUGAGGGGGGACUAGGUCGUGUCACCAAAUCGGAGGAGGAGAACUUCGUUUCAGGAGUUGUGGAAGGCAUUAAUGGCAAAGUCUCACAGAUCACAGCUGGCGACUGUCACACAGCAGCUCUCACAGAAGAUGGCCAAGUGUAUGCUUGGGGGUGUUUUAGGGAUAAUUCUGGCCCAUUAGGGUUUGUAGAUAGAGAGAUUCUUCAAAAAACUCCAAGACGGCUCCUAGAAAAUAUCCCAGUAGUAAAGAUCUCUUCUGGCAAUAACCACCUGGCCUUGCUCACCCAAGAGGGACAAGUUUACACCUGUGGCUGUGGAGAAUCGGGUCAACUGGGCAGAAUUGCUGAGGUCUUUGCCACAAGAGAUUCCAGAAAUAGGAAAGGCAUUGAAACGUUGCUGGAACCCAUGCCCAUCAAGGUGUUCAAGAACCGCAAGCCAGUCUUGUUUGACGACGUGUGGGCCGGAGGACUCACCACGUUUGCCAGGGCACGGGAGACCGGCCACAUCUAUGCCUUUGGCCUCAAUAAUUAUAACCAACUUGGUGAUGAAGAUACAAACAUGAAGUUCCAACCAGUCCUGUUGAAAAAUUUCAAAGGAAAAAAAUGGUUACAGGUUUCUGGGGGACAGCAUCACAGCUUGGCUCUGAGUGAGGACGGCACAGCACACUCGAUGGGUCGGCGGGAGUACGGACGCCUAGGAAUGGGAGAUAUCAAAGAGGACCUCAAGAAGCCGACCCCCGUCAAGGACCUAGAAGGACAGAAGGCCGUGUCUGUGUCUGCAGGAGAGUGCGUCUCUCUGGUUGUGAUGGAGUCAGGCGAUGCUUACGGUUUUGGAAUGGGUACAAACAACCAGCUGGCGCAAGGCAAUGAUGAUGACCAGCUAGUUCCUGUCAAAUUAGCGGGCAAGCAAUUAGCAGAACGUAAAGUGGUAUCAGCACAUGCAGGAGGCCAACACACCAUCAUUCUAGCUGUCCCCAAGUGAUAAUAGAUACCUUAGGAUCAAAUCUUUUCUAUGAUUGUAUUAAUUUAAGAUGUGUGUGCACAUUUGUGUUAGAUUUGUUUCCUCUACUGACCUUAUUUUUUUAUGAUUGUUGUUUUUGUGUGUAUAUGAGAUAUGCUCAGUGACAUAGCAAGUGAUAAUUAUUUGUACAAAUUAAACCUCGGUAUUAGGGGAGGACAACUGAUAUUGUGUGUGUGUUUUGUAGAUGCUUGUCUCUGUGACUGAAUGGUAAUAUACUUAUACCUACAAAAGAAAUAUAAAAAGAGGUGGAAAAUGUGUAAGUAUUCUUUUAUAUAAUUGUAAAUGUUGGUUAUCUACUGUUGACACAUUGAUUUAUAAUCUUUGUGAAAUAUUUUUCAUCUCGUGAAGAUGAGUAUUUUAGCCAGAACUUGGAUUCAUGACCAAGAAAUUAUGGCUUUUCAAAAAUGUAUUUGUAAUAAUAUGCAUAUGUACUUCAAAUAAUGUCACAUUAAGAAUUUAAGUUUCAUUAAAGUUAAAGCUAAGAGCAGUUGUUUUUGACAAAAUCCCAAAGAAAUAGCUUUUUAAUUUAUUUUAAGGCAGGAGAAACUUCAAGUUUUAUUUUAAGAGUAUUGUAUUAAUCUAUUUUACAAUUGAAAUAGGCCAUUUUUUACAGCAAGUACUUUGAUAUGAAUUUGAAUUUAGGCCAAAAGUUGUGUCUAGGCUAAACCCUGUAAUUAUUAAUGACUGUCCAAAUGUUUUGGCUCAAGUGGAUGUAUAAUAAAGAGGACAACCUA